CGGGGCGGGACUGUGGCAGAGGCUAGCAUCAGGCGUCGGGAUGCAGCGUGCUGGGCCCUUCAGCACCCUCUACGGGCGGGUCCUGGCCCCACUGCCCGGGCGGGCCGGGGGCGCGGCCUCUGGCAGAGGCGGGAACAGUUGGGGCGUCCCAGGUUCCCACGUGCAGCCGCCCGGGUGCGCCCAGUCUGGGACUAGCGGCGGCGCUGGCCGAACAAACACCAGCAGCGGGGAAGCCAACAGCGUGUUCCGGGACCCCUCCACGAUGUCUAAGACCGAGGAGGCCAAGAAGCUGGCGGGCCACUUAGCAGUGAUGAACCACGUGAGGAAUAAUCAAGUGCUGGGAAUUGGAAGUGGUUCUACAAUUGUCCACGCUGUGCAGAAAAUAGCUGAAAGGGUGAAAGAAGAGAACCUGAAACUCGUCUGUAUUCCCACUUCCUUCCAGGCCCGUCAGCUCAUCCUGCAGCACGGCUUAACGCUCAGUGACCUGGACCAACACCCACAGAUUGAUCUUGCCAUCGAUGGUGCUGAUGAAGUUGAUGCUGACCUCAAUCUCAUCAAGGGCGGUGGAGGCUGCCUGACCCAGGAGAAGAUUGUGGCUGGCUAUGCAAGUAGCUUCAUUGUGAUUGCAGAUUUCAGGAAAGAUUCAGAGAACCUUGGGGAUCAUUGGCACAAGGGAAUCCCCAUUGAGGUCAUCCCAAUGGCUUAUGUCCCAGUGAGCCGAGCCGUGACUCAGAAGUUUGGGGGCAUGAUUGACCUUCGAAUGGCUGUCAACAAGGCAGGUCCUGUGGUGACAGAUAACGGGAAUUUUAUCCUGGACUGGAAGUUUGACCGCGUGCACACAUGGAGUGAAGUGAACACAGCUAUCAAAAUGAUCCCAGGUGUGGUGGACACAGGUCUGUUCAUCAACAUGGCCGAGAGAGUCUACUUCGGGAUGCAGGACGGCUCAGUGAACAUAAGGGAGAAGAAGCAUUUCUGUUGACCCUACAGGAGUGGAGUGUGUUCACCUUGAGUCCCCAGCCCACAGCCGAGGUGGACAUGCCACUCCAGGAGCCUGUGCCUUAAUGUAUCUGUGCCAGGGGGCAGCUGGCAGGGUUGGGGGUUGGGGAGUUAAAUCCAGUCUUCUGAAGUGUUGUUACUCGAUGUCUUUUUUAAAAAGAGAAAUAUGAACAUAUAUAUUUUUACUAUUAAAAUUACUCAGUUUUUUUUAUAAAGUAGA